GGAGACAGUGAAGGAGAGCAGAGGGUUACCUUGAACCCUAAAAAGAAAGAAUAAAACAACAACAAGGAAAAGAAAGGACUAAAAUUGUGGCAACGACCCAACUGGGUUCUCUUGGUUAUAAACUCCUCCCCAUCUGGUGCUGCAACAAUGAGUGGGAAAUCCUUGCUCUUAAAGGUUAUUCUCUUGGGUGAUGGUGGAGUUGGGAAAAGCUCACUUAUGAACCGUUAUGUAACCAAUAAAUUUGACUCCCAGGCUUUUCACACCAUAGGGGUAGAGUUCUUAAAUCGAGAUCUGGAGGUAGAUGGACGUUUUGUAACUCUCCAGAUCUGGGACACUGCAGGGCAGGAGCGUUUCAAGAGCCUUAGGACACCCUUCUACAGGGGAGCAGACUGCUGCCUCUUGACCUUCAGCGUGGAUGACCGACAGAGCUUUGAGAACCUUGGUAACUGGCAGAAAGAAUUCAUCUACUAUGCAGAUGUGAAAGACCCUGAGCACUUCCCCUUUGUAGUUCUAGGUAACAAGGUAGACAAAGAGGAUAGGCAAGUGACUACUGAGGAGGCACAAGCCUGGUGCAUGGAGAAUGGGGAUUACCCUUAUCUAGAAACAAGUGCCAAAGAUGAUACUAAUGUGACAGUGGCCUUUGAAGAAGCUGUCAGGCAGGUGUUGGCUGUAGAGGAACAGCUGGAACAUUGCAUGUUGGGUCACACUAUUGACUUGAACAGUGGCUCCAAAGCAGGAUCCUCAUGCUGCUAAAAGCAGGCAGCCUUUUAAAAGUGUGCCACAAAUUGUUCAGUCAAUAGUGUCAGAAUAACUGUGCCCCUCUGAGAGGGCACACACACAAAAGGGUAAGAGAGAAGGUUGUGAUUGUGUAUCAGGGCCUUUCAAAUUGAGGUUGUAAGAGCAAGUAAAAAAAAGAAAAAAGAAAAAAGCUUUACCAAGCCAAGUGUAUUUUGCGUGAUUUCUGCUGUUUCCUUCUUGUGUGUAUCAGGACAUUUCAGAAAGCUUCAGUCCUGAGAGAUAUAAAUAUUUUCAAAUCCAGUUUAAACUUAGAACCCAGCAGCAUGAAGGAGUUAAAGAGCUACAGAUAUCCCUUAAAGUGUUCCAUUAGUCAACUAACAAAUGUCACCUUGGACUCUUGGCAAGCAGUUUCUGACAU